CAUAACUACAAACGCGUGAAAAAAUGAAUAGUUUCGAAUUAGUCGUUCAAAUUGAACUAUUUUUUCGAUAGGUGUUCUGAUGAAAAUUUUAGUUUGUUCAUUGAGGUCUAAAAUUGCUACGAAUUCAUUGACUGAAAUCUAAAUUUUACUGAAGGGUUAGGCUAGCAGCUAGCUUGCAAUUAUCGUUACCCUUGCGAUAAGCAAGGGUAUUGCAAUCGUGUGCUAGGUUUUUCCCCGCCAAUAACUUUGUUCACAGGACUCCUCUGGAAUCAUAUAUAGUGGUGCCUUGUUUCAUAAUUUUUUCUAAUUUCGUAGCCUUCCAGGCCCACAUAGCCUGGAGGUAACAAAUGCGCUUGGGACUGCAAAGGUCCUGUGUUCGAAGCUGACCAGGACUUGUUUUUUUUCAAACGGGAUAUUUUCUGUUUCAAGUAAAAUUGUCGGCCAAUUAUUUGCUUAUCCUCUGUCAGCUUAGUUGCCAUAUCUUCGUUUUUAGUUGCGGCCAAUUAUUUGUCUGCUUAUCUGUUGUCUGCUUAGUUGCCACAUCUUCGAAUCGUUUUUUUGCUGCGCGAAUUUUUUUUAAUGUUGCUUUUAGUGUGUGAUUUACUCCUACAAUCUCUAAUUUCACUUACUUUGACUUACCGUAUUUCCUUUUUUUGUUUUGUUUCGCUCAAAUUAUUUCGGCCUUUUAUUUAUCGGCUUAUUGACUUAAUUUUUGGUAGUUUCAAGGGAAACACAAUUUUUACGCUCCCCUCCGCACUUUUUCAAUAGGUUGUAUUUGUGUCACUCGGUUUAUUGACAUUUCAGUUAAGGGUUUCGGCUUGUUUUACAAUAGAUUUAGGCUUGUUUUAUAUCGGCUUAGUAUCCUCUUUUUGCGUCGUGCUUUGCGUGAAAAAGUUUUUGAUGUGCCUGUGUUUGUUAUGAGAGGAAGGGUAACGUAAAAAUUUUUCUAAUUAAUUUUGAGUUGAAAAAAAAUUGGCUGGAAGAGUUUCCACUCAGGUAUUUUUGGCUUUGUCGCCGCUUGGUUGAUUUUGUUCCGAUGCUGAUUUUGCAUUAUUUUGUUUGGGCAUAUAUUUUUCCCAAAUAUCUUCAUUCAGUUUGAUAGAUCUAGUUGUAUCGCAAGUGGCGCGAAGCUCAGCUUCGUCUGUGUUCAGUUUGCUAUAGGCAACACUGAAAUCUUAAUCUUUUAAGAUAAGAUUGUAAACCACUCUAAAGUAGUCAAGAUCAGAAAUGGUCAAUAAGUUUCCUUACCAAGUUUUGAACCCUUUUUUCCAGUAAACAAGUUUUUUUUAAAUAUUUUUAAGACCGAUAAUGGACGAUGCUGAAAUUCAAUCAAAUCCUUUGGGUUUGUCUGAAUUCGAAAUGGAUGAUGAAGGUUGGCCUACUGACGAGGAGCUGGAAACUAGCUUUGAAAUUCUCUCAAAAAUGCCAAAAAAGAAAUUGACGACCGAUGAUUUUGAAGUCGGCGCUCCUUUAGGGAGAGGAAAGUUCGGCCAUGUGUACUUAUGCCGUGAGGUGGUUUCAAAAGUGCCGGUAGCCGUGAAAGUUCUAUUCAAAUCCCAGUUGAUGAGGUAUGGAAUGGAAAACCAACUCAGACGCGAAAUUGAGAUCCAAAAAAAGUUGAGCCAUCCAAAUAUUCUUGAAAUGUACACGUUUUUCUUCGAUGAUAAAAGAAUUUAUUUGGUGCUCGAGUUCUGCACGAUUGGAGAGCUUUACAAAGAACUGAACAAAAGAGGACAGUUCAAUGCGAAGGAUACAUGUACUGUUAUUGGGCAAAUAGCAGACGCACUUGAUUACUGUCAUCGAAAUGACGUCAUUCACAGGGACUUAAAACCAGAGAAUAUUCUUCUCGAUGAGCACGAAGAAGGAAAAGGGUAUUAUGCGAAGUUGGCGGAUUUUGGUUGGUCCAUCCACUCCAAAAGUCACAGAUCCACGUUGUGUGGAACCAAAGAUUAUUUACCCCCUGAACUGAUUCACAAGAAAAAAUAUGACCACAAAGUUGACAAUUGGUGUGUUGGCGUUUUGUGCUACGAGCUGAUGUUCGGAGACACUCCGUUUCAUCAAGCGAGUGACUCAGAGACAAUGAGUAACAUCACAAAUGUUCAAUAUACCUUCCCUGCUCACUUCGAGAGUGGCGCGAAACAUUUGAUCGGAAGUCUGUUGAAGUUCAAUCCUAGCGAGAGACUUGAUUUGGAAAAAGUAGUGUGCCAUCCAUGGAUAAAAAGUAAUGCUAGCAACCUCCCGGAUGGAAGUUGGAGGUUAAAGUAAAAACAAGCUAAUAUCAAAACUCCCGGAAUCGCUUAAGCCGGCUAAAACUUUGGAGUGUAUGAACAUUUUAACUUUUUUGUGACUGUUGUGAUUGAUUUUGAAGUUGUUUUGGGGCAUAAUUGGGUUUGUAAUUACAUAUGCUUUGUACAGUUUUGAUUUUAGCAUUUAGUAUUUUAAAAAUUGAGAGUUGUCUGGAAUUUCACAGCUGUUUUGAGAA